GGGCCCACAGCAGCGACCGCGUCGCGGCCAUGAGUGAGGCAGAAGUGAAUCCCAAAGCUUACCCGCUGGCGGAUGCACAGCUCACCAAAACGCUGCUGGAUCUUGUGCAGCAAUCCUGCAACUAUAAGCAGCUACGCAAGGGAGCCAAUGAAGCCACCAAAACACUGAACAGAGGGAUAGCAGAGUUCAUUGUGAUGGCAGCAGAUGCGGAGCCCUUGGAGAUCAUCCUGCACCUCCCUCUUCUCUGCGAGGACAAGAACGUACCCUACGUGUUUGUGCGCUCCAAGCAAGCCCUGGGCCGGGCAUGCGGCGUUUCCCGGCCUGUCAUCGCCUGCUCCAUCACCAUCAAGGAGGGAUCACAGCUAAAGCCUCAGAUCCAGUCUGUACAGCAAGCUAUCGAAAGACUGUUGGUCUAAGUGCCCAUGAGUGUGUGUGUGUGUGUGUGAAAUAGGAAAGUGCAAAUUAGGGAAAAUUAAUGUUUAGCUUCAGUUGAGAUGAUAGUUUUGAUAUCAAUGUUUCAUUUCAAAAUGCCACAUUUUUGUUUAAUAAUGGCUUAAUUCUUAGUGUUUCCGCCUCCAAUCCCCCCGCUUUCCUAUUAUUCCACUCCAACACAUUCUCGUAUUAUUACUUCUUGAAAAGUGACUGUACAACUGUGUUUCCUGUUUUAUGUUUAAAAGGAGGACAGAAAAAAAAGUCCCCCUCUUGUCUUCCUGUCUGCCUGCUCAGGGCUUUUUUAACCCACCCGUCAGCUUUCUCUGUGUUGCAGUAUUUCUGCUAAGCUUGAGCCUCCAGCAGGUGUGAGUAAUUCUUGCGUUUCUGAACGGUUUAGGCUACUGAGAAGGUUCCCUGUGUUCAGGCUGCUGGAGUCAGUAGGUGAUGGAGCAGCACAGGCGGGUGUAAGGCAGGCAGCAGCUACUGUGUAGCAGCAGAUGGAGCCAAGAUCAGCACAGCCCUUGUUCUUGAAACCAGACAAGAGACUUCUUCUGUUAAGAGAUGCACUGGGAGCAGAAAACUUGUGGCAGUACGCAAGGGGAACACUCUUACCUUGAUUAUUUUUAAAUACUGACUUUUUAAGAAAAAAAUUUUAAAAUGCUGUAAAGCUGCA